AUGACAAAUGCGCUCAAGCGCAAGAAGAACGAUACCCGAUCAGCUAUUAAAGCUCUACAAAAACAGAAUGCUGCAUUGGAAGCAAAGGCGCAAGUCAAUGACAAACUUGCCACACACCUGCUCGAUCAGGUGAUCAUGAAGAACGACGAGAUCGAAACCCUUCGCAACCAGGGCAUGAAGAGCAAUCAGGAGAUCGGCCGCCUCAUCCACCUCACUCUCCUCAAGGACAACGCCAUCGAAGACCUCCUCGACAGGCUCCAACACGCCCAAGAACAGUACGACGCCGCAGUGAAGCAUGGCACGACUCUCACGACUCUCGAAAAAGCAAACUUCGAGCAGCAACUCCGUGAGCUCCAGGAGAAGCUCUACUCCCAAGAGAUGCGUCACCACGAAGAACGCAAGGUGCACCUGGCCGAGAGUCAGGCAAUCAAGAAGCAGAACAACGCGCUCCGCACCGCAAACGCCCAGAACGAGGCUAGAGUCGAAACUCUGCAGCAGAACAAUCGCAGCAUGAGGAUCGAUGCCAUAAGGGCGUAUGUGAGGGCAGUCAGCAACCACAACUUUCUUACACAAUUGACGACCAGGCUGCAGGCCGAGCUUGCUGAGGCUUGUGACCGUCUCGCAUCAAGGGGUCAGUAG